GGCAGCUUCGGUAGCAAACGGCGUUUCAAACGAUACCGCUAUGAAGUCCAACUCUGACGCUACGAAGCCCUGGGUUGUUCAGAAGUACGGAGGAACCAGUGUUGGAAAGUUUGCCGACAAGAUCGCGGAGGAUAUCGUACGAGUCUACGUCGAUGAAUACCGCGUCGCUGUUGUUUGCUCUGCACGGAGUACCGCUACCAAGGCUGAGGGUACCACUAACCGACUUAUCCGCGCCGCCGAGGAAGCCUUGACUGAGGGCUCCAAGCUCUACCUCGACAUCGUUGAAGCCAUCCGCGCAGACCACAUCAAGGCCGCCAAGGAGCUCAUCGCGUCGGAAGCUAUCAUCGCUGAGCUUGAGAAGGAGAUUGAGUACGAAUGUGAACGUCUCGGAUCUUUCCUUUCUGCUGCGCAGAUCAUCGAGGAGAUCUCGCCCAAGACGAAGGAUAUCAUUAUUGGAUCAGGAGAGAAGUUGGCAUGUAGGGUGAUGGCGGCGUUGUUGAGGGAUCGUGGUGUUGAUGCGCAAUACGUUGGACUGGAUCACGUUGUUCCCGCAGACUACCCGGUGAAGGAUGGAUUGGAUCAGGCGUUCUACGACUGCGUCGCAAAGGCCAUCGCGGCGGAGGUGCAGAAGUGUGGAAGCAAGGUGCCUGUUGUCACUGGAUUCUUUGGUGUUGUUCCUGGGUCGCUGUUGGCGAACAUUGGUCGUGGAUACACUGAUUUGUGUGCGGCGUUGUUGGCUGUUGGUCUGGGUGCUGACGAGUUGCAAAUCUGGAAGGAGGUUGACGGUAUCUUCACCGCUGAUCCUCGUAAGGUUGCGACUGCUCGUUUGUUGCCUACCAUCACCCCUGAGGAGGCUUCCGAGUUGACUUUCUACGGAUCCGAGGUCAUCCACCCGUUGACGCAGCACCAGGUCAUGCACGCUCGCAUCCCCAUCCGCAUCAAGAACGUCGAGAACCCCAAGGGUGACGGUACUAUCAUCUUCCCUUCGAACCUGCAACCCCGGGCGCAAGGUGGCGAUGCUACCCCUCCCCACCCACCAAAGAAUGUGCCUGAGAGCUUGUACCAGAAAGCUCUCGGUCAGCCCCGCAUGCCUACUGCCAUCACUACCAAGGAGAACAUCGUGGUCAUCUCAGUGCACUCCAACCGCAAGUCCCUUUCGCAUGGAUUCUACCGUGAGUUGUUUGGUGUUUUGGACAAGUACAGGUUGGCUGUCGACUUGAUCGCCACCUCUGAAGUUCACGUGUCUCUUGCUGUCCACAGCGAGGCUAGACAUCACCAGCUUCGUCUCGGUGAGGCCAUCAAGGAGCUUCAGCGCAUUGGUCAGGUUGACGUUUUGAAGGGAAUGAUCAUCUUGUCUGUUAUCGGUAUUCAGAUGAAGAACAUGGUUGGUAUUGCGGGUCGUGUGUUUGGAACUCUGGCGCAGAACAACAUCAACAUUGAGAUGAUUUCUCAGGGUGCAAGUGAGAUCAACAUUUCGUGUGUUAUUGCAGCUCAGGAUCAGUUGAAGGCGUUGAACGUGCUGCAUCAUCAUUUGUUGUCGUUGGCGCAAUAAAAAGAGAAC